AUGCCCCGCGUUAACCGACUGCGCCAUCACGACGGGGGCAUUCCGAGCAGCGAAUCUACAGCCGUGCCACGAGCUGCCCCGGGCGCGUCGAUGAGAGCCGAUUCAACUGACGCAUGUUUCAUUCUUUCUGACCUGACCCGGGGUACGCCCCACGCCCCUCUCCUUAUGCCAAUCAAUCAGAUGCAACCCUGCUAUAUGGUCAGGGACGUGCGCCCCGAUGGCGACAAGAUGCGCCUUAUCCGCGAUACAAGAUGCUACCAUCAUCCCGAAGUUGCUAGCUCUCUCUCUCUCUCUCUCUCUCUCUCUCUCUCUCUCUCUCUCUCUCAAACUCUCUCAAACUCUCAAACUCUCUCUCUCUCAAACUCUCAAACUCUCAAACUCAAACUCUCAAACUCAAACUCUCAAACUCAAACUCUCUCUCUCUCACUCUUUUAA